AACACUGCAUCAACAAUGGCGACCGUGCUCAGUGUAAAACUUACGCAAGGAGUUUCGAGGUUUUGUACCAAGUCUCGUUUUGGGGUAUUUACAGCUCUCAGUCGAACCAUGUCAAUAAAGGUUGGAGACGAGAUUCCUAGUGUAGAUGUGUAUGAAGAGACCCCUGCCAAUGCUGUCAACCUUCGGGAUGUAUCAGCAGGACGUAAAAUCUUAAUAUUUGCUGUACCUGGAGCCUUCACUCCUGGGUGUUCGAAGACUCACUUACCUGGGUACAUUAAACAAGCAGACGAACUGAAAUCCAAAGGCAUCACAGAAAUAGUUUGUGUUUCUGUAAAUGAUCCCUUUGUUAUGACUGCAUGGGGUGAAAAUCACAAAGUAUCUAAUAAGAUUCGAAUGUUAGCUGAUACCAAUGCAGAGUUCACAAAAUCCCUUGGACUGGAACAAGAUUUAGCAGUUCUUGGUGGACUGAGAUCAAAGCGGUAUUCUAUGAUUGUUGAAGAUGGCAAGGUGACACAGCUGAAUGUGGAACCUGAUGGAAAGGGUCUUACUUGUUCAUUAGCUGAAAACAUGCUUGCAAAGCUGUAAAGUUAAUGCUAGUACUAUUUAGAAAGACAAUAUGUUUACUGAUGGUACAUAGGCACCCAUUAUGUAUAUUACUUUAGAUUUUCAGGGUAUGCAUAUAUGAUAUAGGAACUACUUGUGGAAGUGUCUUAAAAGUACUAUAGCAGGUCUGUAACAUAAAUUUCAUUGUUGUUAUUUUAGCUCCAUUUAUAGAAUAUCUGCUGGCUCAACUAAAUAUGUACAGACAACCCUCACCAUUGAUAGGUUCAUGAUUUGUCAUGUGCAACCCUUUAAAUAAUGACACUAUUGAUAACUUCAUUUAUAAUGACAAUUAUAUACUGAUGUAUAGGUAGAAGUGAAAGACAUGUAAAAGUCAUUGCAUUAUAACUUUUAAUGUUUUGCUUCUUGUCAGAUAAAGGAUAAGAAAAGACAUAAUUGUGAAGAAUACAUGCUGGAAUGUUAGUGUACUAAUAUAACUGAGUUGCAUGAGUAAGAAUGUUUUAUAUGAAAACAUGGAAAAUGAUAAAUUUAAGGUAUAGCUACUCUCUACUACUAAAGAAAUAUAUAUAUAAUUCUACUUGCUUAUUGACCAGCAAAUGUCCCCAGAGUAAAAUGUUUCAGCAUGCUUCUCAUAGCUACUUUGUUCCAGCCAAUGCUUGCAUAACUUUGACCAAUCAGUGCCCUGCAGACCAUAAAAUUAGAAACUAUUGAUCAGAACUGAAAAGGUGACAAUGAUUAGUCACUGGGGAAUUUCAUAAAAGACAUUAGACAUAAUGCAAGUGAGCACGGUACAAUUGCAUUUUUUUUGGUGUGACAGAGAAUGCAAAUCAUCGAACUGCUGCCAUGUAGAAAAGAAACUAAGUAGUGAUCUUUGCAGUACUAAUUCACAAAGAUACUAAAACAGAACACAUUAACAAAUAAAAGAUCCAACUAAUUUUAAUUUGAGUAAGCUUGUAGGGUAGGGGUUGUGAAUUCUAGAACUAAGCUAUUGAGAAAUUUCUGCCACUAUUUUUCUUCUCUACUGGUGAAGUUUCUUUGAGGAUAUACUACUUUUUAACAACAAUGGUUUAACAUUUACUGGCAUUUAGCAUUACCAUCACAUUCCCUCUCACCCAAAGCUAACUAACUAACUUUAAAAAACACCCCAAUGUAUCACUUGCCUUGCAGCAGAAUGUAAAUUUCUCACGCUCAUAAAUUCAUUAUACCUUGUAUCUUGCACCCUUCAUCAUUGUAGUACUUUAUUUCAAAAUUUCUUGCAUUAUCAUUUGUAAACAAUUUUGUGUCACUGCUGUUAUAGUUAUACUAUUGUAACUAUUGCCUUUUUCUUCCCUACUGAUUGUUCUAGACUUUGAAUACUAAAGAGGAAAAAGAAUUGCAUUGUGUAGUAUCUUUUACACAUCUAUGUUGAUUUUGAGGGGAAGAGAGUGUGCAUUAUAGUCUACCCAUCAAAUUAUGUUGACAAAGGAAAAUGAAUCUGUCAAGUGUUGUAAAUAUUAUUAUUGUAAUCUGUACUGUGUUAUAAUUAUUUUUAAUGGACAAUCAGGUGGGAAGAGCCAUACAGAAACAUGUGAAAGACAGAAGGCAAUAUUGCUUCAAGUCACAGGAAUGGUGCAAAGAAUCUGUAAUAUGCUCGCAAGUUUAAAGUUUACUAUGGAGGGCUUACUAGAGACACAGCACCCUCCUCAUAGGCUGCUAUUUUGUUCAUUAUGACAUGAAUUGCUCUUUUAAAGCAAAAUUUUUGACCUUAUGCAUAAUAAGUACUAUGCAAUGUAACAGAGUUGGACCAGACAUGAACACAGGGAUAUUAUAAUUACUCUAACACCACUGAGUUGCAUUUUUAUGACUCCUAGGGCUCUCCUAAGUACUGUAAGUAAAGUUAAGAGUCCGAGGUCUAAGUUGGAAGAGAUUAGAGGAAUGAAUAGUUAAAAAAUUCCAUUUGGGAGUCUGGGAUGUUUCAGAAUUUUGCAAUGCUCUACAGUGCACUUCUCAAAGCACUCUGUGGAAAGUACUGAUAACCUCUGGUGGGGAGCACUUGGUAAUGAGAAUGUAAAAACCUGUCUGCUUAAUAUCAUUUUUCUUUCCCUGCUGAACUUGGCAGCUCAGUGAGAGUAUAAUUGAGAAAAAGUGGUUUGGUAAAAUUAAUAUCUCUCAUACUGUAUCUAAAGCCUUUUCACUAACAAAAGAUAAUUUAGAAUAAAUUGAAUACGAAUAAAAUGUUUAAAUAUUAAUAGAAAUAAGUUAAUGUACAGUAUUUUACUUAACAAAAGUUUUCACAGGGUUUUCUAAAGUUUAGUAACUAUGAUAUGUGAGAAUUUGAAAUAAAUUGCUACAAAA